AUGGAAUAUAAAAAAUGUAAUCAGUCAAAGCGUGAUGAUUAUUUCGAAAUUUCAUAUAACUUCGCCGUAAAGAACAUCAAAAAUAAAAAUAAUGUAAAAAAACGUGAUAUAAUAAACAGAAUUCGGCGUUUACGCAAAAUUUCAAUGGAUAAAUCAAUUCCACCACCAUUUCCCAAUGGGUGGUAUGCAAUUGAAGAAUCAAAAAACGUUGCAGUUGGUCAAGCAAUUAGUGUAUCCUGUUUAGGUGAACAGUUUGUUGUUUUUCGUUCAACAACAAAUAUGCAAAUUUUUGUCUUAGAUGCAUAUUGUCCUCAUAUGGGUGCAAAUUUAGGUAUUGGUGGAGUUGUUAUUGGAGAAAAAAUUCAAUGUCCCUUUCAUCACUGGAGUUUUAAUGGUACUAAUGGCGAAUGUUCAAAUAUUCCUUACAGCUCUUGUAAGCCCAAAUCUAUAAAAAUUAAAAAAUGGGUUGCGAAAGAAUGCAACGACUACAUAUUUGUAUGGUAUAGUAAAGAAGAUUGUGAGAAUUUACAAUGGGAUCUACCUAUAAUUGACGAAAUCGAAUCCAAACGUUUUGUUUAUCAUGGAAGAAAUGAAUUUUUGGUUAAUUGUCAUAUUCAAGAUAUACCCGAAAAUGGAGCAGAUUUAGCACAUUUUUCUGCAAUUCAUGGGGAUAGUUUGAUAGCUGGAAACCAGCCCCAAUUCAAAUGGAGUGCAUGCUUAGGUCAUCAUAAUUGGAAUGCAAUUUGGUUACCGGAAACAGAAACAAAACAUCUUUCCAAAAUAUUUUUACAGCAUUCAAUGAGACUUUUUGGCAAAAUAGACAUUUGCUCAAUGGAUGUAUCUGGAAAUCAGAUUGGGCCAGCAUUUGUUGUACUGCAUAUCAAUACUGCCUUUGGAUCAAUCAUUAUAACACAAGUUGUGACACCGAUAGAACCUCUAACACAAAAAGUUGUUCACAGAUUUUAUGGAUCAAGAUUAUCGGCACCAUUUAUGAAAUUUUUAAUAUUUGCUGAAAGUGUAAUGUUUGAAAGAGACAUGAAUAUUUGGAAUCAUAAGACGUUUGUCAAUUCCCCGUGUUUAGUUAAAGAAGACCGAUUAAUUAAAUCAUAUAGGAAUUGGUUUGGACAGUUUUACUCCUCCAAUAGUAAGACUUUUAAAGAGGCUUAUGAAAGUUCAGAAUGGUGA